AUGUUUUAUUUAUUAUUGAUAUUACCCAUAUUUGGAAUUGAUGAUGUAUAAGUGAGAAGAAGUAUAAUAUGUGGAUGUAAAUACUUGAGUCCAUCAGAGUGUAUUGAAGUGGAAUGGUGUGAAUUGGCUUCUCAAUUUGACAAAUGUCCUAUUAAUUCUGAUUGCAUAACUUACCAAACUGAAUAAGAAUGUGAUGAAGCAGAUGCUAGUUUAUGUGUUUGGAAAGACAGUUAGUGUUUAAAUAAAUGUUAAAUUUUGGAAUAUAAUACUUGUUAAAAUAAAGAAAUAGAUUCAAAUUGUUCAUAAUUUAAUACUACUUCAAGUUGUGAAGCCUUGUCAUGGUGCUAAUUUAACAUUACUACAUCAAUUUGUGAACAAAAACUGUAAGUUUCUUGCAGUGAUAUUUUGAAUUCCAUUUAAUGUGAAGAAUAUGGUUGUCAAUGGGAUGAUGAUGAUAUGAUAGGUUGUUAAAAUAAUGAUGGAAAUUGUAGUAUAAUUUUGAAUAAAGAUGAUUGCGUGGCAUCAUAUUAAGAUAAUAGGUAAUGCAUUUGGAUAGAAGAUUUAUCAUCUUGCUAUUAAUCAAAAGAUUGUGGUGAAUACAAAUAUGAUUAGGAUGAACUUGGUCUUUGUGAAUCAAUAUCUAAUUGUCAUUCAGACGAAAAUCAAUGUCAGAGUUGCGUUUAAGAUAUGUUUACAUUUGAAUCAAUUUUACAAUUAAUAAGUAUAUUUUAUUUUUUUUGA